AAAGAGCACAAGUUUGUGGUUUUUGACAGGCAAAGAGCCACGCUAGACGUCCUAAACCUUGGACUGCAACCCAGGAGCCAGACACAAUCGAUAUGUGGAUCGCCCGCCGUUGUGAUGGGGAUCACUAAACUGGCAGAUUUGAUUCGCCGGGAAGCUCCCGGUGCUAUUUCUCACAAGCAUGUCGGCGACUACACAGGAAAGGUAAUAGCUGUGGAUACAUCGAUUAUGUUGAACCAGUUCCGCACAGUGACACCAUCACUGAGCCCGCUGACUGGUCUCUUCUUUCGCACGCUCACUCUCCUGGAACACGACAUAAAACCUAUUUUUGUGUUUGAUGGCAAGCCUCCCAGAGAAAAGUUUGCUGCACUUCGGAAACGAGCCGAAGCAGCAGGUUGGCACGCCCACAACCACUUGGGCACAGCAUCACUCCAAACAAAAGACACAUUGCACCUCCUGAAGCUUCUGGGUGUACCCAUGCUACAAGCUCCGGGAGAUGCUGAAGCUUUUUGCGCUUGGCUGGUGAAACGGGGCACUGCUGAAGCUGUGUCAUCAGAAGACAUGGACACGCUGCCGUUUGGAGCACAUGUUAUGAUUCGCCAUUUGAAUGCAAAGAGAGACAGUGAUGUUGUGGAAUAUUCCUUACCAAAACUGUUAGAGAUACUCCAACUGACCCACAUGGAAUUUGUUGACCUGUGCAUCUUGUUGGGAUGUGACUACUGUGACAAGAUAACAGGUUUUGGUCCCAAGAGAGCGCUGACACUGAUCCAGAAAUACCGCACUAUCGAAGAUGUUGUUCUGCACAUCAACAGAAAGACCCAUCCAGUGCCGAAUAACUGGAAAUACAAGGAAGCGCGGAAGUUAUUUUUAGACGCAUCACAGACAGCAUUGCCUGAACUGACGUGGACUGAGCCAGAUGAAGAUGCUUUGGUUGCGUUCCUCCGGCGCGCCACAUAUGUCAAGGAGAAUAGAAUCCGUCAUCGCAUGGAGAAGUUCAGAGAGAUGCGGGAGAGGAAGCGAAAAAAGAUGGAAAAGGAGAGGGCAAUUCCACAAUACACCCAGACCCGUGUGGAGGACUUUUUCAAAGUUCUCAGGAAGAGAGUGCAGCCAGUGGAAGCCGCUGACGGUGAAAAAGAGAAAAAGAAAAAGAGAAAGACGAGAUGAGGCUGCCAUCAAGCAUGUGGAAAUUGAAGUACAUCUUUCUUUGUCUACACCAGUCUCAAAAUCAUAAGCAAACUCAUUUUAAUCAUGUUGAAUGAAAAAGCUCAACUCAGUCACAUUUCUCGACAUACCUAAAUGGUUAGUCCAUUUUAUUUUUGUUUGAUGCUUAGUACAUGGCAAGGUACUGCAGAUAUUUUAUUUAAAAAAAAUUUUUUUGAUCCAGUUGCACAGCAGUGAAUUCAGACUGCAUGGGACUAAUUUUACAAUGCUAUUGCCUUGUCUCUUGUGGUAAAACUGCAAACACGGUAAACAAGCAAAGCUACCAUAAAGGCAGAUCAAAUAGUGGCUAGCUAUGAAAGAGGCCAGUGUGAGCACUGUCGGGGUAAUUCUACCAAAGCCAAAAAGAGACAGGGGAUGUCUCAUCACCAGAUAUUCAACUAGCACCUGUUGUGUAAUCUGUGCCAAGAGACCAGAGACUUGAAUUUUGUGGAAUUUUGUUAUAUCUGAAGAGUACAGUGAGAUUUUCAAAUGUGUGUGUUUUAAAGACUACAUUGUUUUGUUAUGUUUAAUUUCAAUACUGUUAAACACAUAAAAUCAUGUGUAUCUUGACUUGUUUUGAUGUUCUUUUUAUCUGUUACAUUGAAGUACAUCACAUCCAAAAAGGGGUAGGUACCCCUUCCCCAUAUCUCGGUACUUAUUGAUAGUUUGUUAGUUCGUAUAUAGCUUACUCCGAAAUACAAAUUAAAUCCACAAUAUUUUGCUGUCAUUACUUGGCAUAAAGGACGGGCGGCAUAAUUCUAGCCAACAGGUGGCGCUGUGGGUUCUCA